AUGGCAACCGCCCCGCAAGAAAUCAACAUUGGCAGCUAUGGCCCCCAAAUCGAGACCAUGAUUAGGGAAGCCUUUAAAGCGUGUGUAACUGAAUCACAAAAAGCAUGCCAACGUAACUACGUUCCAGCCGUCGUGAUGGCCGUGCUGAUUUUUAACGCCCUUGUGUUUAUUGGCAACAAGCUAGGAAGAAAAGUAAUAUAA